CAUUGGCCGGGAAUCAAACCCAGGCCUAGUUUUGUCUGUCCAGGAAUUCAGGCAGCGUCAGGAAACAAAAGUAGCCAGCUUGGUCUUAAGGCCAUGUAUCCUAUUGAUCUGCCAUCUGUGGACCACAUAGAGCUGACGUCCGCAUCUGAAAAUUACAUGGCUUCACUGAACGCAACACCUUCCAACAAUAAGUGGUUUGGCUCAUUACUGACGUCAAAAAAGAUUGCCAUAAUACCAGCCAACAUCAGCCAGUUCCAGCUGUUUGAGGACCACCACCCAGCCUGUACUGUGCUGGCGCUUCAUCCUACACAUGAUCAAACACAAGUCUUGGCUUUAUACCUGCAUAAUCAGUGGUGGGAAUUGGACGACGUGCUGCGAACCUCCAGUAAAUCUAGACAUGGCUUGCAGCCGGUGCAGUCGAUUAUGGAGAGGCUGAUCGUGUUUCUGCUCAGUCAGGUGGUGGAGAGGCCUCAGUCACAUGGAGAGGUGUUGUUCUCUCUGCACCCACCCACAGCAAACUGCAAAUUGCUGUGGAAAGACGGCCAGGCAGUCGGCUUCUACACCGUCAAACACAAAGGCAGACUAUGCGACAACUGGAGCAGCCGCUGCUACCUGCUGCCUGUUCUGGACACUGUGCUGGUGAGGAGAAGCUGCAGGAGGAGAGGCUUUGGCCUUCAGAUUCUGCAUGACUUCUGCUCCUCGUUCUCCUCAGAGUACGUCCUCGGGGUCAGCUCUCCGUUAUCAUCCAGCAUGGCGUUAGUGAUCAAGAGGUUCCUGCAGCAGCAUGAGGAGCAUCGGGAGCGUCUGUAUGAGGUGGAAGCUCCAGGGGACUGGAAUCAAAGAAGAAACAUCUGGCUCAACAUCCAGCUUGGUCGCUACACAUCUGAGCAGCUGUUUCUAACCAUCCACAAAUUGGUGGAGCUGCCCUGACCUCAGUUAGCACCUGUAACUCGAGUGCUCCCCUGGUAACAGCCUCUCCUCCACUCUGUGAUGUGAACCAAGGAGGGUACUCCCAGAGCAAUGAGAUCUCCAGGACAGGAUGUUGCUCUGCAGCCCACGCUGAUGUUCUGGAUUUUAAAGCUCCCAGCAGGCCCCGAAUUGUGGAAGAAAGUUUGAAAUUAAAGGAGGCUUCAUCAAGGAAGUACAGCAGAGAAAGCCCAGAAGAAAUGCAAAAAAGGCCCAAAAGAGCCAGAAGAACAUCCGUCAAAGAGUAAAAACACAAACUGAAUUCAUUGUGAAACAUCAGAGUCCAGAAAGAACUGUUUAUGCUGUUGUUUGUGUGAUGUGAGUAUGAAAGGGCUUGCAAGUAUAAAAAUGAUCAAUUUUAAUGUGUUUUGUAAUGUGAUUUUGUAUUGCAAUUUGUAUUGUAAAUUUGAAUAUUGUAUUUUUCAGAUCUGGAUACGUACAAAAAACAUAAAAAAUAGCAUUACUGUACUUUAAUACUUGUCCAAUUUUUCCAUAGGAUGAGAAACUGAUUUAUUUUUGAAUACAUUGUUUUAAUCAGUCUUUUGUUCCACACUGAUAUAGAAAAGAUGGACAAAGUUAACAUUUUGUUGACUCAUUUUUUCCAAGAACUCUUGGGUUGAACAUUUAGUUGUGUUCCUUUGAUAGUUAGGACAGUCGCUGGAGCUGCUGCCAUUUUCAUUGUUUUUAUGUCUCAGAAAAAUGAACCCUUAGCUUAGUGUCUUGGUGGUUUUGUUUCUCCUUCCUGUCCCAGCAGAGGGUCACUCAUUCCAAACCUGGUUCUUUCAGCUGGAGGUUUUGGAGGGGUUUCUGUUCACUGUCACCAAAUGCUUUCUUAGGAUAAGAGAUUGCUUCAGAGUUAGUGACUCGAGAUUUUAUGCAUGACUGGGCACAUUCUGAUGGCUGGAUAUUUUCCUUCAUGAUUUUCUGCUAGAAAGCAACUUAUAGUUGCCCUGAAGAAACAAAGCAGCCCCAGAUCAUUAUACUACCACCACCAUGUUUGACUGCUGGUACAUUUGUAAAAAAUUAUUGUUUGUGGGUAUAAAAUGGCAAUGCUUAGGUACAAAACUAAGUUUGAAUUGGCAAGGAAAUAAAUCGAAGUAGUCAGUCAAAACAAAAUACAGCAUCUGUUUCUUAUUUACAGGUACUGUAAGUAACCUAUCUUGUAAUCAAAAAAAGAACAAUAGCAAGAAAAAGUAGCAAUGUAGCUUUUUGCUGCAUAUAAUUUUUUGGUUUGUUUUAUUUUUUUAUUUACUAUUUCUUGGUUUUCUUUGAAAUUAUUUACUAACAGAUCGUGUUUUGCCAUGGUUUUCACAUCUUCCAUAUUUUGAAAACCUGACCACGGCAGAAACAUUUAGUAUAAAUUUCUGGUGAACUUUUGUUUUUCCAUCAUUGAAUUUUAACAAUUCGACCCCCUACCGUGAUGCUUAUCCACAAUUAAACCUCUUUUAAACGUUUUCAGUGUUGUCAAUGACAGUCUAUGUGUCUACUGACUGUCAGGUAGUGAUGUUACCUCUAACACCGAGGCUUCAAAGCACGCUUCAAACUCGACAGGGUAGUUAUGGUGAAGCAGUGGGCCGGAGCUUGCGUCAUGUGACGUCCCCUAUGACGUGUGAACCACUUCACUGCUUCAUUCAGACCGAGUCAGCUGACUGCUUCGAGUUGACUGGCGGAGUUUCAAACAUCUGGCGCGAUUCAGUGUAUUUAAGAUGCUCUCAAACCCCGGUUCACAUCCCCGUUCUACACAUAUACGUUACGAACAGGUCUCCUUUCUGGAUAUUCGGAGUUUUGGUGGAUUAUUCUGUCAUGGAGCAACCAUCUAGGAAGCGUUCCCAAGUGUGGGACUAUUUCAAUUUGUUGCCACCUAAUAAGGUGCAGUGUUUUCUUUGCCCGCAGCUGAUGACGUAUAAUAAUAAUAAUACGUCAUCAAUGCUGAGGCAUUAUAGAGCCAAACACGAGAACAGCCUCCUGCCACCAAUCAAGGAUCCAGGAAGCAAGAGCUUGAUGAAGCUCUUGUGGACUUCCUAGUGAAGGACUCCCAGCCUUUCACUGUAUCCAAACCUAAACCACCCAGCCAAACAGUUCCUAGUCACACCAGCCUCCC